AUGGAGUAUCUCCGGCCAGUCCUACAGCCGAGUUCUGGAGAAUUAGAUUGCCUAUUCCCUGGUCAAAGGAUUAACGGAGACGUUAUUAACGCGUACAUGCGGUUGUUGGAAAGGAGGAGUAUUUUCUACGCCACCGUACCUGUGACCUAUUCUGUAGACACAUAUUUUUUUGAGACCUGGGAAAGAGGGGGCUACGAUCGAGUGAAGAGCGCGUUUAAGGGGAUCAACCUCUUUUCUAGGGACCUGAUUCUGUUCCCCUUACACUUAAGGGACUACGAGGGAGGUCACUGGGCACUUAUCGCCGUGAAACCAAAACUCAACCUCAUCAGGUCACUUGACUCCUUGGGACAUCCCCGGACUAAAGAGAUGCGAGUGAUCCUCGAGUUUAUGGAAAAUAAUGCAGCGGAAAGGAAAGUACUAUUUGACAGGGACGUUUGGAUAAUAUGCAACACACCAGACGAGUGCCCCAAACAACAGAACGCUACGGACUGUGGAGCGUUCGUAUGCGCCUACGCAGAACUCUUGUCAGCGGGGGACACGCCGUCGGGGAAAACCAUCAACCCCCUGGAAACCCGAAAAGACGUAGCUCGGGCGCUUAGGAGAGGGAAAAUAUCCCAGGAGGACUUCCGGGUCUACGGCGAAGCAGGAGACAGGAUGUCAAACGAGAGGGUCGUCGCGGUAGCCGAGGAAGACUUCGUUUUGAUCAGAGAGCUAAGCGAGGCGAUUGGAGAUUUAGUUCCUGCGUCCCCGGAACUCCCGCUAAGCAGAGGAGAGGAGGAUGACCCCGGGAGAGGCAUAGUUCUACCGGAUCUAACGAUGGAAGAGCCUGUGGUGAUGACGCCGAGAACCAAUACUCCCACGGACGAGCGGACGUCUUCCUGGCUGUCUAUAACAGCGAGUGAGACGUGGGAGAUGGUAGAAGAUGAAAAUUGCAGCGCGCCGGAGAUCCGAGUGUCAGCACCCGCCGCUAAACCCAGGACGCCAACGAGCCCAGCAGUAGCGACGAUGACUUGUGAGGAUGCCCGACAUAGGCUUCAUGACCAUUCGUCAGUUCUUCGGAACGGCCGUGGGAGUAACCCCCGCGUAUGGAAAACCAAACGCCCAAGACACCCAGUAAGGGUAAGGCUCCAGAACCCUGAUGGAACGUGGUACCGAACAAACGCGAAAAACGUUACAAUGAAACCAAAUUAA